CGUCGUUUCUUGUGUCAAGAAUGGUUAGAAUCGGUGGUUGACAAGGGAACUCGAGGAAUAGGAACAAAUCAAGAUGGCCGCAACUAACUCAAGUUUACCCAGUGAAAUUCCAACGAAGAAGGAAGAUGAAUUCAACGAGUUUUAUACAGAGGUUAAGGAAAUCGAAAAAAGGGAUUCCGUGUUGACUCCCAAACAACAAAUUGACAGAUUAUUGCGGCCUGGUUCUUCUUACUUUAAUUUGAAUCCAUUUGAAGUUUUACAAAUAGAUCCAAGUACUUCUAUAGAUGAAAUAAAAAAAAAAUAUCGACGUAUGUCCAUCCUUGUACAUCCUGACAAGAAUCAAGAUGACGCGGAAAGAGCGCAACAAGCUUUUGAAAUUGUUAAUAAAGCAUGGAAGACGUUGGAAAACGAGGAAACGAGGGCGAAAUGUAUGGACGUUAUCGAAGAAGCAAAAGCUCGCACGGAUCAUAUGAUCGCUGAGAAAAAGAAAAAAUUAAAAAAAGAAGGCAAGACCGAUACCUUGGCAGCUAACAUGUUGGAAGAAGAAACUGAAGAAGGUUAUAGACAUGCCGUUUGGGUAAUGACAAUGAAAUUGUUUGCCGAUAUGGAACGACGAAGAAGAGAAUUAGCAACGAGAGAUGCUGAACAACGAAAGAGAAAACGAGAAGAAGAAUUGUCUGCAGAAGCUCAAGCAGCUUUAGAACGUGAAUGGCAAAAAAACUUUGAAGAAUCUAGACAAUCACGAGUCGAUAGCUGGAAAGCGUUUCAGUCUGGUUCUAAUGCAACUAAACAAAAGAAAACAAAGAAAUUGAAAGCCUUUAGGCCUCCAAAAACGAAGGCCGAAUCUCGAUAAUUAAAAAUGUAUGUGUAUCGCCUCUUCUUCUCAUGGGACUCUUUACAAUUAGCACUGGUUCCAAUCUCAUUCGCUCCAAUGUUAUUUCAUAGAAAUUUUCAGCAGAACAAUUUUAGAUCAUAUUAAUUCUAUACAUACACAUUGUAUGACAUCGUAUGCGCGUAUCAACUUAACAAAUGUCCAUAAUAAUAAUAAUCAUCGAUUUUUCUCACUUUCAAUCCACACUUAUUUAGAAAAAAAAAAAAAAAAAAAAGAAAGUAAGCUGUUAACUCUUUUAUUGAAAAUCAAAGUAUAAAUGAAGUAAAAGUAAAAAAAAGGAAAAAUAGAAAGAAAAAGGAAGGAAGAGAAAAAAAUAUUCAAAGUGUUAGAAGAAAUGUGCGUGCAAGGGUGUGAUAACAAUAUUGGAAAGACAGAGAAUAAAAAAAAAAAUAAUACGAGAAUGCGAAUUGCGCGAGCAUCUUUAUUGUAUACUAUGUAUGUAUCAUGAAUGAAUGUUAUGCGUGCUUGUAUGUGUAUGUUAUGGAUGGAUUUACGUAAAUGUGUGGGUGAGAAAAUUGCAAUGCUGCUUACAUGGCCCGAGUAAGUUGCAUCUCGAUCUUCCAUAUGGUGAUGAAAACUAAUUGAAUUGAAAAUAGAUACAAUUAAAAAUUCAAUGAUUCAUCUUAUUAUGGUGUAUUGAAAUUGAAUAAGAAUAUUAGAAUAAUAACCGACGUAUAGUAACUCAGCUUUUAAAAAGCACCAAAAUACUUUUAUAUUAUUGCGUCAUUACUAUAUAUUCAGAUUUAAUAAAAGUAUAAAACUACUUUUCGUGGGAUUUGAUUAUCGAAAACGUACUUUGAAAAGAACGUACAUUCCAAUGUUUUUGGAAAUUGCAACAGAAUGCAUAAGACUUUCAAUUUUUCAUACUGCCUAAGCUAUAAAAAAAAAUAUACACAAGCAACAUAUACAUAUAUAUGAAAGCCCAAAUUUUACAAUAUCCGAAAGUGCCAUACAUUUAAAUAUCGUAUGUUACACAUUUAAAACUUAACAUAUUUAAACUCUAUAUGUGUAUCCUCGCGUUAGAAAAAUAAUAAUUAUUAUUAUUACAAAUAUGAUAUUUGUUAUUUUAAUGAUUUAGAAAUUAGGCUAAAUGUGUAUGUAAAAUGUUGUUUGUUUAAAAUGAUCCUUUAAAACAACGGACUAUAGUACAAAGGACCGUAUCGCACCAUGAACUUCGCGGGCCAUGUAAUCGUGACAUCUAGUUUACCGAUGCAUCAUUUGGCGCAUAAUGCAUAUAUUUUUACGUGCACUUGGUCCAAACAUAAUUCAUAAGAUUAUUAUAAAUAUGAUGAAUUUAUAAAAAAGAAAAAAAAAGAAAAGAAGAAUUUUAUUAUUGUAUUUCUUGUUUUAAACGUAUUUACCUUUAAUAAUGAGCGAUAGUGAAAAGGAAAAAAAUCGUCGUACAGAAAUUAUGUAAAAUGAUUAACGAAACAAAAAGUAACAAGAAAAAGAAAGAUUUUAUCUCGAGCGAUAACGA